AUGGGCGACCCAUUCGAUAUCCAGAACCUACUUCAAACGGGAUAUUUUACCACCUCGCGAGCCAAAACGUCUCCGAAGCCGACCGGCCCGCCGUCGCUCGCACCAGCAGCCCCAAAGUUGGACAGCGAUGCAACCCCAAUUUUCCGACGUUCGCUGGGAGUAGGACGGUCAUACCCACCAUCUCCUAGCGUCGAAGAUGAACCCGAAUCACUGGCAAGAGAAUUCGGCACAUUCGCCGCGGCUUCGCCCUCGGACGAGACCAUCCCUUCCAGAGGCGACAUUGAACAGCAACCUCUGAUUAUGGAAGCCCAUGAGCACAAUUCCGAAAGGCGCUUUGUACUGUUGAACGAGCCGCAGACAACACGUUCGGUAUCCGAAUCGAAGACCAUGGGACCAAACGACGCGGAAGCCUCGGCGCCAGAAAAAGAAAAAGUCGCCUCCUUGAAGCCGGAUGCCUACCUGAAGCACGAGUCAUCCUCCUCGAAGGGCGAGGCGAGAGCUGGCAGUGCCAAGCCCGAUGUUGGAAGGAGAAGAAGCAGGCCAGACUUGCCACAUUUGGAGACCGAACUACGGCCGACCGAGCAACGUGGGCAUUAUCGCAGCAGAUCGUCCGCCAGUGCCAGCCAGCCUGAUUUCCGCUUUCAGCGAGAGUCCCGAUCAUUCGGUGACCAACUUUUAUCGCCCGAUAUUGUUCAAACCGGCCUUGGAGGGCGAGAGAAAUCAUAUCGGGGUCACGGCCCGUCGUCGGCGUCAGAUGCACGAUCCUCUACCGGACCGGGUCGGAUGGAGAUCCACGGCGGGCGGAGAGAUGACGGCUACCGCAGCAGACGACGGACGUAUUCCUCUUCAAGGCGAUCCGAGUCGAGCUUUGAACCCGUUCAAUACUCGAGACGGCCUUCCAACGAGUUUGAAGGGUCGCGCCGUCGCCAAGGAUCAUCAACGUCUCGUACCGAUAGGAGAGACAUGUCACAAUCGCAUGACCGUGGCGGGGGCGAUGGUCCAAAAGCCUCGUCGCGGCCACCUCGAGAAUCGAGUCAGUUGGAGGACGAAUACUCGAACGAUUCACGGCCGUCUUACCAACCGAAGAAGCCGGUUGUUGUGGUACAGGCUGGACGGUCGGCCGCCAUCUCAAGCACCGACAAGGGCAUGAACAGCUCCGGAAAAUCCAGGUCACGAUCUCGGAUUCGAAUCAUGACCUCUCCCGAAACUUCCGAGAGAGAGCCGGCAUCUGCUAGCACUUUUGCGCCUGAAAUAUUCGCUCCAUUUACCCCACGAACCUCUGCCACUUUUCCGGGCCCUUCUGGCGCAGGAAAUGGACCGAGUGGACGAAAAGCGCCACUUCCCUAUCCAGAUGAUGAUGAUGAUGACGAUCUUGCCUUCGCGGGCCUUGGAAUCAGCGGCGGCGAUGGGGCGGCUGAUCAACCAACAUCGUGCUCGUUUCCAACCAUGUCCAUGCCCGAACUGCCUCCGGUUACUUUGGGUUCACGGAUGGACACGAAGAAGGCGUCCUCGCCAGCCGCCGCCACUCCGACCGAGGGGUCCAGGUCAUGGCAGCCUGCCUCGUUCGAUCCCGAGCGGGACGGGAUACGCUCCGACCGCAAGACGGACAUGGGCACCUACCGGCGCUUUUCCGAAAGCACCGACAAGGACAGUGUCCUGGGUCUCCCCAAUUGUCCUCGAACAACGCCGGUGGCGGGAACGGCAGAUUGGCUCACUCUGCCACGCACCAAGUUCAAUAUUUGCCCUACCUGCUACAAGGCCGUUUUCGCCGCGACGGAAUGUCGAACGCAGUUCCAGCCGACGCUUCAUCCAAAUAGUGAGGCCGUUGUUUGCGACUUUGGAUCGUCGCCUUGGUACAGAAUUGCCUGGCUGCUGACGUUGAAACACGAAAGGCCGCACCUGCGGCUAUUGUAUCAGAUUGCCACCCUCAUGAACUCGCCCCGGAUGGACGUGUGUGCCGGAAGCCAGAAGUUGACGCGCCCCUGGCUCACCGUCAAGGACCCUUACACGAGACAGCCGGUGCCAAAGUUUGCCGUCUGCUACCAAUGCGCGGCCAUCGUGGAAGCGCUGCUGCCAAACCUCGAAAGCGUCUUCGUGCCUCUGAUGCCAAGGUCAGAGCCUACAAGGGAUACAUGCGCGUUGCAUUUCACGCCAAAGAGGAGAAUGUUUGUACUACUGUUUGACGCACUGGAGACGACAUCGGACAGGGCGUUCCUGGACGGGAAAGCGCCCAACCUCGGGCAGCUGGCUCAGGAACUGCAACGACUUACCAUCGGCGGAAAGUGUCGCGAGGACAGUCCCGUGCACGAGGGCUACUGGCACAUGAUGCAGUUUCUGCCCGAAUUCACCGUCUGCGGCGCAUGCUUCGACAAUGUGGUUCAGCCCAAACUAGGAGACAAGAGCACCUUGGCACACAACUUUUACAUGAGGCCACAGCAGCUGAAAUCGGCGACCUGCCAACUCUAUUCCCCCCGAAUGAGAGAGAUAUUCAGCAAGGCGUGCAAAUGGAAAGAUGCCGAUUUCCUUCGAGAAAAGGUGCUGGAGAGACGAAGCAUCGAGGCCGAGAUCUACGAGAAGCUGGUCAAGCUGGAUAGGGCACAGAGAAACGAUGCAUGGACAGAGGAGCAGGUGGAGAAGCUCGUCAGUGAAUGGAGACGGUGGGAAUAG